ACUAGCUUCACUUUCCCCAUUUUAAUUUCUUGAACCCUGUUUCUUACUCUCAAACCCUAAUUCUGUAACCCUCACAAAUCAAUCCAUCUCGCAGCAGCAAAAAUGAGCAUUGCAUCCCGUACCAGAUCCAAAAUUAAGCAAGAAUCAAAAUAAAAGGAAGAAGAAGAAGCAAUAACUCGGUGGCUAAAUCUUCCUGAAGAUAUAUCUGAUGAAAUCUUUCUGAAAUUACCAGGUAAUUCUAUCUUGUCAUCUAGGUGUGUCUGUAAGCUUUUCAAUACUCGUCUUUCUAAACGUAUUUUCAUCAAGAAUCAUGUUAAUCUUUCGAUUCAGACCAAGAACAACUCUAAAGUCUUGUUUAGUCAAUCCAUGCGAGAUAAUCCCCCUAUGAUUUACUCUAUACCUAUAAAUUAUGCUUCAAUUUCUUCACAAUUAUCAUCUUUAUCAAGUGUUGUAUGUGAUGGAGCAGUUGUGAUGAUCUACCAAAACACAUUAUCACCAAUACUUGGGUUCAUGUAAUGGUCUGAUCUGCUUAAAGAUUGAUAGAGUUGAUUAUGAGAGGGGACAUUUGUGCACUAAUUAUUUUAGUGUUUUGAAUCCAUUCACAAGACAAUUUAAGGAAUUCAGAAUGCAAACAGUGAGUACAUUUUGUUACGGCAUAGCCUAUGGAUUUGGUUAUGAUGGCGGAAUUGAUGAUUACAAACUAGUAGCAAUAUCGGAUAGUAGUAUUGAAGUUUAUACUAUGAGAUCAAAUUCAUGGAGUAGAAUUCAGUGCACCGUCAAAUACUCAUUUUAUGUUGGUAAAAGAUCUCGGGGUGUGUUUUUGAAUGGUGGUCUUCAUUGGUUGGGACGGAUUGGCACUCGAAAUACCUCGUCAGAAGCUAUAUUUUGUUUUGAUCUUAGCAAUGAGAUAAUGGUGGUUAUCCCAUUACCUGAAAAUAUUAUCCCCCCUGUGGGUUUCUUGGGACAAGUUUAUAAAAAUCUGGGAGUGUGGGGAGACAGCAUUUGCGUAGCUUUUUUUUAUGAUCGUUUUAGACUUGAUGUGUGGGUGAUGCAGGAGUAUGGAGUAAGGAAAUCUUGGAUAAAAUUAUUUACUACAACCCGACUGCCGGGCUCAAAACGAAUGCCAUUUUGGAAGCCGCUGUUGUGUUUUGAUAACGGGAAAAUUCUCGUAGAUUAUGGUUUGGAGCAACUAGUUUUACUUGAUACAACAUCUGAAGCACUUAAACCAGUGGUGGUCCGUGAUAUCACUAUGGGUGAUAAUCGAGAGAGUUAUGUGGAGACCAUAGCCUCACUUGGCUCGAGUACUUAUCUGGAAAGGCGGAUUACUAAUGGGACCGUGAGGAAUCCGAAACGCCGACUAUUGAGGGGUGGAAGACAUCAACUUGAUUUACAAAGAGAAGACGGCUAUUUCAUUGUUGCUUGGAAAUAUGGCCAAGGGUCUACUUUGGGCAACAACGGAGGACUUAGCAAGAAAUAGAGGACGAGUCCUUUCUCUAUACCGUCAGAUAUUAAGAAGCCGACACGGUUGUUUGAAACAUGCUUAAACCGGCAUUGUUCUCUACUUUUACAACAUAGAAGACGUGAUUUGAAACAUGCUUAAGCCGGCAUUGUUGUGGGC